CCGCGCUGACCCUUUCAAGGCGGCAGCCGCAGCGCCUCCCCUUUGUGACGUCAUUAUCAGCAAUCCCGUGACUAAGCGAACGCCCACUGCGGCCUCGAGCCCGAUUGCAGCCAAAUCAAUCUGACUUCUGCAGUCAUCGCCACCAUGCCGGAUCCCGCAGGGCCUCGAGCUUUGUACCGCCUGUGCGAUUCGUUGAGUGGCGUUAACUGGCGCCCGACCAAGUUCGAAGACGAGUUGACGUUGAGUCGCUACGCCUGCUGCGUGUGCCACGUCAUUCCGAGCACGACGGUACUGCUGCCCUGUUCCCACAGUCUGUGCGAGCAUUGUGUAACAGGGUGUGUCGUCCGAGACGGCGACAGUGUCUGUCCCCUGGAUGCCCAGCCUUUCCGUGAAGACGAGUGCCAGAAAAUAAAGCUUCCAGCGAAGACGAAACACAACCUGAAGGCUAAUUGCUGGAAUGAGGCUGAUGGCUGCCGGUUUGUGGGAACCAUAGAAGCAAUUCUGCAGCACUUCGACGAAGACUGCGCGUUCCACGCCCUCCAGUGUCGACGUUGCGAGGAAAGAGUAUUACGCACAGGCAUUGCAGCGCACCAUGUUGCUGGGUGCUCCUUGGAUGCUGAUACUGCUAGCUGUGCUCAGCAGAACUUGCAAGACAGUUCAUCUACCAGUUGUUGCGAGAACGCAACAUUGGGAAUGUGUUCUGCCCUUGGGAGUCAAGUGUACGGCCUCUCCACAAAUUCAGAACACGGGUUUUUCGAUCAUAUCAUCCGUGCAGGCAAUGCACUUGAAAGUAGUUGCCUGCGUGGAAUCAAAAGCAUGGAGUCGGAUAUCAUAUCGAUGAUUGCUCGACAAAUGAAAGCUGGCCUAGAGGAAGUAAAGAUGCUCGUCAGAGACCCCUUAAGUGACCAGCUGUCAUCACUUCAGAGCCAAGUUAAUGAACUCGUUGAACAAUCAAGGCAUCAUGACACUUGCAACAUGCAGGAAGUGGUACACGAAAUUAGGGACUCCCAAAGUGAAUUGAAGCAAGAUGUGCGUGCGCAGUCGCAGCUAAUUGGUCGCAUGCUUAAAGACGUGGAAACUAAAUUCAAAGAAAGUCGCACAACGCAAGUACACGAGCUUAUACAUGCGCUAAAGGGAACAGAACGCGAAAUGAAAAAAGAAGUGAGUAAAGUAGAGGCUAACAUCUCUAAGCAGCUCACUGAGCAUGAGCUGUCUCGGCAAAAAGAACUCUAUUCAUCUGACCAGAAUAGUAAAUCCACAGAAAAAGCCAGGCCCCCUGUCACUUCGGCUUUGGGAAAAGAAGACUUACUGUUGAACACGCAAGAGGGGUUAAUCCCGCUGAAGCUGGAAAUGUUAGUCCACGAAACACUGAUCACUUUGGAAUUUCUGCGGCAGGAGAUUUAUAGGCAACAUGACGAACCAUGGGUUUCGAAUAUUACCAGUUUGUGGGGUACUUAUGACGACAUCUGGACGAAUGUCUCUCAAAGUCGGAGUUUUUGGUUGACCCUGAACAAUGCUGCAGAGAUUUUUAGAAGAGAGGAAUAUGCCUUCACAGUUGUGAAUGUUGCAGUGUACAGAGAUAUGCAUAUUCGGCUUACUUUUAUUUCUUCGCGUCUCUCUACGCCGAAACUACUCGUGGAUGUGGAGUGCAUUAAGACGUUGGGAGAUUCCAGGUUUCCUUUCACUAAGAUCGCUAUAGAGGCACUAGGUAAGCGUAUGGGAGAGACCUUUCUUUUUGCACUGUGUUGUCAAAAAGAAUGCGAAACAUGCCGUGAUAAAAACAUUUCACAUUUUCUUGCCCGUUUCGAGGUAAAAGAAGAAAUGCUAGAUAAACAGCGCUUCAUGAAAGACGGAAAACUUUCGCUGGAAAUUCAUUUUGAUUAAGGAUACAGCUGCAGUUCGCACGCAGUGGACUAUUAUUACUUAUUACACAUAAGCCUAUAUGUGGAAUAUUGUCAAGACAACGUUAGCGCCUUUCCCUUGUCUGUUGCUGAACAUUCGUUUUAGGCUGGGAGGGUUGAACGCGGCUUUAAUUCAUCCACAAGUUUCAUAAGUAGAAAGAUGAACACUUUCCGUUUAUUCCGACCAGAUUUGUGGUGUGGAAACACGGUGGUAACAUAUAGUAAGCCCGAACCGGGUUAGUUUUGGGGCUAUAGCGUUAUUGAUUUUAUGACUGGCACCGCUACAUGCUCCAACGUGUGGAACAACCUUGCAUUGUUACGAGUGUUUUGGGGGGUCUUCCCUGGCAUGGAUAUGACAAUGAAUAAGUUUUAGUGCGCGUGCAACGUGAAUACAUAAAAAACCUUCUUGAUAGAUUGAAUUUACUGGCUAAAACGUGAAUGGCUUUUGCGUUGAGACCACUAACCAAGCGCGGGCUGCAAAAUUAGAUGACGCGUAUAUAGUAUGCAGUGAUAUGCAUGUUCGAAAAACAUUUCGUAUAUUUUAGUUCCACAAGGAUUUGUGAUAGACUGUACACUGUUUUUGAGGACAUGUAAACUUGGCUGUAUAAAGCGUUUCCAAUAAAGUGUGAUUGGUUUUCUUCGUGGAUAAACAAU